AUGCGGCGAGAGGAUCUCCUACAGGCUUUGCUGGUGCGCUUUGUAGACCCUCAGCAGGAGGAACAGGACUGGAUGCACCUUGCGGCGCUCUUCUACUCCCUCACAGGGCUGCUGCUCUCCGCCCAGCGGGUGGAACAGCUCUACUACCAGCACCUCCAGUCGCACGGUGGCAGGGCCGCGAUGGAGAUGGCAUGCAAAGAGUACGAGCAGCAACUGGCAGCACGACUGCAACAACACAUCGCAGGUGCGGAAAAUCCGGCGUGUGGAAUCGUACGAGGAGGAACCAGACGUCUGGGCGUUAUCCCUUCAGCUCCACCGCGUGGAGGAGUUACAGCCGCGUUAGCUCCAUCAACUAAUGCGUGUCUCUUUCCAUUGGGUGGUAGUGGUCUUGGGACUACAUCAUUAACAACAACACCAACAACGACAACUGCUUUUACUACUAAUAUUACUACUAACAACGCUGCUGCUGCUUCUACUACUGGUGUUACUGGUACUACUGGUACUGCUAGUAAUGCUUCUGUUGUAGGUACUGGUGUUAACUCUAGCAGUAGCUUAUGUGGUUCCUUAGCGAGCCUUUUCACAUCAACACCUUUAGAUAGUACUGGAGGGAACGAUGAUGGGACCUUUACUAGUGGGGUUGCAUUUAACACGCUAACUGCUGAACAGCGUGAACGUUGGCGACGACUGCGACAAGAACCUAUUAGUCCUGAUAUUCUUAUUUCCCUGGUGCAGCGUUUUGCUUUAGUAGAAACUGCCGCUGUAUUUUUGGCCCCUGUACACCCUUCAACAGUAAUGGAAUUUAAUGGUGUUCGUUCAGGUUCCUACGCUACGGUUAUUAUGCAUCCACUUUCUUUAGUGGGUAUAAGAGGGCGUGUUUUGGCUUCACGACGAGAUUAUGAACUCCACAAAUGUCAAAUGCAAAAAACAGUUCCCUCAGUAGGUGUAAUGACGCGGAAGCGUGGGAGAACAGCUUCAGCAGCGUCUACAACAUCAGUUAAUGAGGGAAGUGGGUCAACAAAUAUAACAACCGGUAUCAAUAACAGUGACGAUGACAGAGGAACGAUUCGCACAAUACAGGAGCUUGAACAAGCUGUAUGGCAAAUUGCUGCUAACUGUGUCGUUUUUAAUGCUCCUGAGUCUUGCUAUCCAUUUACAGCAAGACAGUUUGCGGUCUCGUGUACCGAUAUCAUUGAAGAGUACUGUAUGCAACGUGUUUUGAGUGGUUGA